UCAGGGAGAGGCAGUCCCGAAAAACCUCUCACGCACACAGCCCGGCACAGCAAGGCAGUCACACCAAGGUGGGAAAAGAGGGCAGAAGAGCGCGAGGGGCUGGAGGUGGCGCUCCUGUGUCCCACUCGUUCUCACUGGGUUGGGAAAGAGAAGCUGUCCCUCAGAAGCGCAGGCUGCGCUAGCUUAGGGUGGACGUGGGUAACGCUCAGCCGACUCCCCGCAGGCGCCCUAUGCAGGGGUUUGUUUCUGGGGCGGACCCGCACCAGCGUGUAAGGGGAGUAGGAGAGAUGUACGUGACCCCGGUGGUGCGCAGCCGCGCCCUAUCGCCCCGGCCACGCGCCGACGCCCCGCCCCGUCCGUGACGCGUUCGCGCGGGGCCUCCGCCCCAUCCCCCUCCCGGGCGGGCGGCAGCGCGCUGCCUUCGCCGUUCCCCGCCCCCUCGCCUCUGAGGCUGCCCGGAUAGCUGCCUGAUUCAAGGCCCAGCAGCUUCUGCCUUCCCGAUCCCCAUCGACGGACCGAGGCAGCCCACCUGCAGGACCGUGGCGCUGUCGGUCCACGUGGCCGCUCCGGAGCAGGUUGGAGUUGGCAGCGGGCUGCGCUGCGGGCACAGGCGCGGCGGACAGCCCCGGGGGCAGCGACGGGGUCCUGGCUGGGAGAGGACAGGGUUGCGGCGGGCGGAACGGUGUCUCCUUCACUUCGCCCUCCAGCCGCUGCAGCUGCAGCCGGACAGUGAGCGUGACGAGCGGCUUCAGCAGCUAGCGGAGCGGUGGCUGCGGCCCCCCUCAGGAGACCACCAGAUUCCCCUCUUCCCACGGCCUCGCCAUGGCGACCUACGGACAGACUUGCGCGCGGCCAAUGUGUAUUCCUCCAUCAUAUGCUGACCUUGGCAAAGCUGCCAGAGAUAUUUUCAACAAAGGAUUUGGUUUUGGGUUGGUGAAACUGGAUGUGAAAACAAAGUCUUGCAGUGGCGUGAUAUCACAAUUUCUGGCUGUAGUCUCUUUAUUAUUUUCACAUCAGCUGUCUUCCUUAGGCAUGGCGUGGUGAUGCUUGUGAUCCCAGCUACUCAGGAGGCUGAGGAAUUUUCAACGUCUGGUUCAUCUAAUACAGACACUGGUAAAGUUACUGGGACCUUGGAGACCAAAUACAAGUGGUGUGAGUAUGGUCUGACUUUCACAGAAAAGUGGAACACUGAUAACACUCUGGGAACAGAAAUCGCAAUUGAAGACCAGAUUUGUCAAGGUUUGAAACUGACAUUUGAUACUACCUUCUCACCAAACACAGGAAAGAAAAGUGGUAAAAUCAAGUCCUCUUACAAGAGGGAGUGUAUAAACCUUGGUUGUGAUGUUGACUUUGAUUUUGCUGGACCUGCAAUCCAUGGUUCAGCUGUCUUUGGUUAUGAGGGCUGGCUUGCUGGGUACCAGAUGACCUUUGACAGUGCCAAAUCAAAGCUGACAAGGAAUAACUUUGCAGUGGGCUACAGGACUGGGGACUUCCAGCUACACACUAAUGUGAAUGAUGGGACGGAAUUUGGAGGAUCAAUUUAUCAGAAAGUAUGUGAAGAUCUUGACACUUCAGUAAACCUUGCUUGGACAUCAGGUACCAACUGCACUCGUUUUGGCAUUGCAGCUAAAUAUCAGUUGGAUCCUACUGCUUCCAUUUCUGCAAAAGUCAACAACUCUAGCUUAAUUGGAGUAGGCUACACUCAGACUCUGAGGCCUGGUGUGAAGCUUACACUCUCUGCUCUGGUAGACGGAAAGAGCAUUAAUGCUGGAGGCCACAAGCUUGGGCUCGCCCUGGAGUUGGAGGCUUAAUCCAGCUGAAAGAUACCUUUGGGAAUGGAUAUCAGAAGAUUUGGCCUUAAUAUAUUUCCAUUGUGACCAGCAGCAGGCUUUUUCCCCCCCAAGAAGAUGAUCAAAACAAAGGAUGAUCUCAACAAGAGCUGUAUUUUAAGUAUUUAGACAGUUCCUUGUUAGCUGGUUUCUAGUUGAAUUGGUUAUCUAGUUACCAAUGCUGCAGUCCUGCAGUCACCUAUACAUUAUUUAAAUGUAUUUAACUGUUAAAUGCGCUACCCACCAAUAAUGAAAUAGACCUUUAUGAAAACUGUGCAAUUGUGUGCAUGUUUGUUUUUAUGUUCCUUUAGAAAACAUUGACUAUUACCAUUGAAUGAGAUGGAUCAGUGGAUAUUGAGAUGAGGUUAAAAAUUUUGUUAAGUUCAGCCAUUAUUACUUUUGGUAUCCCAGAACAUGACAAAUUAUGAAUAAAACAAGUAUACAUAA